GCAAAAACCCUAUGGAUCACAACGGCUUGAUUCCCACUGAUCAUGGGGAUGACACAGGCAGCGCUGUUUUCCAUUGUGCAUAGGAUCACCAUGAGUCGGGGACUGACUUGACAGCAGCUAACAGCAGUGCUUUUCCAAAUACAGUAGAAUGAAGGGAUUAAGGCAGUCAUGCGAAACAAAGCCAACUCAUUCACCCAUUAUUAGUCCAAAAUCCAAGAGAUGUGGGAGAUCUAAACAUAGGAGGCCAUAUUUCCAGCUUUUGUGGAACUUGAGAGAAAAUUAUCCUAGGAAAAUUUUGUCUGUGAACACCAUAAUGAAAGGAUGUGUGUCAUAAGUGCUGGGGAAAUGUCACCUUUUAACCAUUUCUUUUGUCUUUUACCAUUUUUGCUUCUGUCUGACUGAGAGACCAAGCCAAAUCCACUGCCGUCAAGUCGAUUCUGACUCAUAGUGACCCUACAGGACAGGGUAGAACUGCCCCCAUAGGAUUUCCAAGGCUGUAAAUCUUUACUGAAACAGACUGCCACAUCUUUCUCCCUCAGAAAAAGAUCGAACCACCAACCUUUUCAGUUAGCAGCCAAGCACUUAACCACUGAGCCACUAGGGCUCCUUGUCUGACUGAGAGACCUAGUUAAUUAGUGGGAAAAAAAAAAUCUUACCCUUUCAGCCAAUGAAAAGUUUAAGUGUUAGUAGCAUGAGAUUUGGGAUCAGAUGGCCCUGGUUUAAAUUCUGGCUUUGUCCCUUCCCAGCUUUGAAAUCCUGGGCAAGUCACUCAACAUCUCUAAGUCAGAGUUUCUACCUCCCUAAAACAGGAUUAGGAAAAUACCCCUCUCAUAAGGCUUUGUGCAGGUUAACUGAGAAUACGCAUCAGUGCAGAGCCUAGCACAUAAGAAGUCCUAAAUAAAUAUGAAUUAUAAUAAUCAUGAUUGUGAGUUUUGCAAGGAGAUGUUAAAGAGAUCUGUUUAUCAUUCCCUCUUAAACAAACAAACAAACCAAACUCAUUGCCAUCGAGUCAAUUCUGACUCUUAGCGACCCUAUAGGACAGAGUAGAGCUGCCCUAUAGGGUUGUCAUGGAGUGCCUGGUGGAUUCAAACUGCCAACCUUUGGAUUAGCAGCCAUAACUCUUAACCACUACGCCACCAGGAUUUCGUCAUUCCCUCUUAGGUAUCCUAAAUUCCACUUCAUUUCAGUUUCUUUCAAUCCAUUCUCAUCCUCCCCAGCAGUCACACGCCCUACCUCUGUGUUCUCUCUCCACUCUCCCUAGUCAUAGUCUUCAUUAGUAUCACCAUACUGACCCAUCUCAUGCCCUACCACUUUUUUUUGCCCCUCAUCCAUCUUUUCUCAGGUCAAAACAUAGACACAGAAAUGGAGCCUUUCUGCUGGAAGGAACUUAAAAAUGAUCUUUUCCACUGCCAUGGAUCCCCAAAAUUUAUAGGACACUUGACCAAAGUAAAUGGUUGAUCCAGAGUCUGUUCUCAUACUCCAUCUUAACUUCUAUUUCUUGCUAACAGGCUGUUAAUCUUUUACACAGAUCCAACUCUAUCACUAAGGAACCAACCCUAUCACUAAGGAAAUGUUUUUCUUUGAGGUUAAGCAAAACAAUAUACCCAGGGGUCUUGACUCAAAUGGUAAUCAAAACCCAUUGUGUAGAAUGUCCUCAGGAUAUUUUAACAAUCUGUUCUCAGAACUUGUGCUUUGUAAUCCUCUUGUGAACACCUAAAGACCCCUCCCCAACACAAAUUUCUUCAACUAUGCUCUGUAUCCAAUCUCCAAAAGCCAACUGUAAUAAGGUAACCAAUGACAUCCAAAGCACUGUUUCCAGAUAUCCCAUCCUCAACUAUCUUACCUCACCAAACACCAAUCAGAAUAUUGCACUGUUAGUUCCUGAGUUAACAAUAUAAAUAUUGCCUGGAUGCCCAUAACUCCUCUGAGCAUUAGAUUUCACUGUGUGAGAUCUAACCUUUCCCCAGUUUACAUGGUAUCUUGCCUUUAAUAAACCUCUUUGCUUUUACUUGAACAAUUUGUCUUUGACCCUACUCUCUCAUUUUAUAGAUGAGGAAACUGAAGUUAAGGAGUAAUAAAGAGUUUGUCUAAGAUCAUAGUCCAGUAAUCAAUGGAACCAAAGUGCUCUUGGAGUCAUCAUGAACUGGUUGGGAGACUGGGCAUAUGUUACACUGUGAAUGCUAUCAAGUUUGUGUGUUUAAUCUUUGUUUGUUUCCUUCUUUCCAUAGGGAAACCUUUCUUCCAUGGCUCAUGACAUACUCUUGAAUCAAGCCAACAGAAUAAUUUCCUGAUUUUUGAUAAUUUAAUUCUCUUUGGGGCAAGGGGAGUACCUUUUAAAAAGACUGUCCUUACCCAUAUAUGGUUUCACUGCUCAAAUUCCCAGCAUCGAUUUAUGCCCAAGGACACUGAUCAGAGCUGCAGAUGAGGAUGGCAAGUGUGCGCUGGAAGCUGGCCUGUUUGUUGGAGGACCUAGAAGACAUGGACUUUAAGAAAUUCAAAAUGCACUUGGAAGACUAUCCUCCCCAAAAGGGCUGCAUCUCACUCCCCCGGGGUCCGACAGAAAAGGCAGACCACUUGGAUCUAGUGACCCUGAUGAUUGACUUCAAUGGGGAAAAAAAGUCAUGGGACAUGGCCGUGUGGAUUUUUGCUGCAAUCAACAGGAGAGACCUUUAUGAGAAAGCUAAGAGGGAUGAGCCAGAGUGGGAUGACGCACAUGAUUCUACACUCACUGUGAUGUGCCGGGAAGAAAGCAUUGAAGAGGAGUGGAUGGGCUUACUAGGGUAUCUUUCCAGAAUCUCUUUUUGUAAAAAAAAGGAAGAUUACUGUAGGACAUACAGAAAACAUAUAAGAAGCAGAUUCCAGUGUAUUGAAGACAGAAAUGCACGCCUAGGUGAGAGUGUGAACCUCAACAAACGGUACACCCAGCUAAGUCUCGUCAAGGAGCACCUCAGCCAAAAGGAGAGGGAGCACGAGCUUCUGGCCAUCGGUCAAACCGCGGCCAAGACCAGGGACAGCCCCAUGAGUUCCAUCAAGCUAGAACUCCUGUUUGAUCCUGAUGAAGAGAACGCAGAACCUGUGCACACGGUGGUGUUCCAGGGAGCGGCGGGCAUCGGGAAAACAAUACUGGCCAGGAAGAUUAUGUUGGACUGGGCGUCGGGGAAAAUUUACAAAGACAAAUUUGACUAUUUAUUCUACAUCCACUGUCGGGAGGUGAGCCUCAUGACAAAGAGGAGUCUGGGAGACCUGAUCAUUAGCUGCUGCCCUGACCCAAACCCUCCCAUAUCCAAGAUAGUGAAAAAGCCAUCCAAGAUCUUGUUCCUCAUGGACGGCUUUGAUGAGCUGCAAGGUGCCUUUGAUGAGAACACAGGAGCACUCUGCACGGACUGGCAGAAGGCAGAUAGAGGAGACAUUCUCCUGAGUAGCCUCAUUAGAAAGAGGCUGCUUCCUGAGGCCUCCCUGCUCAUCACCACCCGACCCGUAGCCCUAGAGAAACUCCAACACUUAUUGCACCAUCCCCGCCAUGUGGAGAUCCUGGGUUUCUCAGAGGCUAGGAGGAAGGAAUAUUUCUUUAAGUAUUUCUCAGAUGAGCACCAAGCUCGGGAAGCCUUUAGGUUAAUUCAGGAGAACGAGAUUCUCUUUACAAUGUGUUUUAUCCCCCUAGUUUGCUGGAUUGUGUGCACUGGGCUGAAGCAGCAGAUGGACAGUGGCAAAUCCCUUGCUCAGACAUCCAAGACCACCACUGCUGUGUACAUCUUUUUUCUCUCAAGUCUGUUGCAGACCAGAGGAGGAACCCAGGAGCACCACUUCUCUGCCAGCCUACGAGGGCUCUGCUCUUUAGCCGCUGAUGGAAUCUGGAACCAGAAAAUUCUAUUUGAGGAGUAUGACCUCAGGAAUCACGGCCUGCAGAAAGCUGAUGUGUCAGCUUUCCUGAGGAUGAACCUCUUUCAGAAAGAAGUGGACUGUGAGAAGUACUACAGCUUCAUUCACUUGACUUUCCAGGAGUUCUUUGCUGCCAUGUACUACCUGCUGGAAGAGGAGGAAGAGAGGGAAACCAGGAGCAUGUCAUGUAGUUAUUCAAAGCCUCCCAACCGAGAUGUGACGGUCCUUCUUGAAAAUUAUGGCAAAUUUGAAAAAGGAUAUCUGAUUUUUGUCGUUCGUUUCCUUUUUGGCCUUGUAAACCAGGAGAGAUCCUCCUACUUGGAAAAAAAAUUAAGUUGCAAAAUCUCACAGCAAAUCAGGCAGGAGUUGCUCAAAUGGAUAGAAGCUAAAGCAAAGGCCAAGAAGCUGCAGACCCAGCCCAGCCAGCUGGAAUUGUUCUAUUGCUUAUAUGAGAUGCAGGAAGAUGACUUUGUGCAAAGGGCCAUGGACCAUUUCCCCAAAAUUGAGAUCAACCUUUCCAUUAGGAUGGACUAUGUAGUUUCUUCUUUUUGCAUUCAGAACUGUUGUUGUGUAGAAUCACUUUCCUUGGGUUUUUUAAACAACUUACCCAAGGAGGAAGAAGAAGAGGAAGAGGAAGGUCGACGCCUUCAUGCGGUUAAUUGUGUCUCACCAUGUUCACAUGCUGCCUGUUCUUACAGUUUGGUGAACUGCUACCUAAUUCCCAGUAUUUGCAGGGGCCUCUUUUCGGUCCUGAGCACUAACACGAGACUGACUGAACUGGACCUUAGUGACAAUACUCUGGGAGACCCGGGAAUGAAGGUGUUGUGUGAAACCCUCCAGCAUCCUGGCUGUAACAUUCGGAGAUUGUGGCUCUGGCUGUUUUUUUGCACUUCACCUACCUCUCCAAGUUCAUUCCACACCUCCCCCCACCCCACAGUUGCUCCCUGUGCAUGGUUGGGGCGGUGUGGUCUUACCCGUCACUGUUGCCUGGACAUCUCCUCAGUCCUGAGCAGCAACCAGAAGCUGGUGGAACUGGAUCUGAGUGACAAUGCCCUGGGAGACUCUGGGGUCAGACAUUUGUGUGUGGGACUGCGGCAUUUAUUCUGCAAUCUGCGGAAGCUCUGGCUGGUCAGCUGCUGUCUCACAUCAGAUUGCUGUCAGGAUCUUGCAUCAGUCCUGACCACCAACCAGUCCCUGACCAGACUCUACAUGGGGGAAAAUGCCCUGGGAGACGCAGGAGUUGGAAUUUUGUGUGAAAAAGCAAAGCAUCCACAAUGUAAGCUGCAGAAAUUGGGAUUGGUGAAUUCUGGCCUUACGUCAGUUUGUUGUCCAGCUCUGUCCUUGGCACUCAGCACUAACCAGAAUCUCACGCACCUUUACCUAAGGGGCAAUGCUCUUGCAGACAAAGGGAUCAAGAUGCUCUGUGAGGGACUCAUGAACCCCAACUGCAAGCUUCAGAUGUUGGAAUUAGACAACUGCAAUCUCACCUCACAUUGCUGCUGGGACCUGUCUACCCUUCUGACCUCUAAUCAGAGCCUUCGGGAGCUGAGCCUGGGCAACAAUGACCUGGGUGACCUGGGUGUCGUGCUUCUCUGCGAAGUACUCAAACAGCAGAACUGCUUCCUGAAUACGCUGCGAUUGUGUGAAAUGUAUUUCAAUUAUGAGACAAAAUGUGCAUUAGAAACACUUCAAGAAGAAAAGCCUGAGUUGACCAUUGUCUUCGAGCCUUCUUGGUAGUGAUGGAAGCAGGGCUGCCAGGCACCAUGUUCUAUAGCACCCAUGUUCCACGUGCACACAAGUGGGAAUGAAUGUUUCUCCAUCCAAGGUCAAGACCACAGCUCUGUGAUUCUUCUGGCCCAGACUCAGAGAGUGAAAGCUUGCUGAUGGUGUUUUUAUGUAGGAGAUUUGAACAUCUUCUUUAUCCUUAGGUUGAAGACACCAUGGCAAUAAAAUCAUUAAUAUCAUAUUGUUCCAAUCAUAGUGCCUCAGAGGAUACUUUGCCUUGGUGGCCUUGUGUGAUUAACUCAUUCAAUAAAGCACUUUUUCUGUCUUUCUUCUUCUCUUUUCACUCUUUCUAGUGCUCCUUUCCCUUCCAUCUUUUUCCUUUCUUCUGUUUACUUUUGUUGAUAUUAUCACUCCUGCCGUCUUUCUCUUAACUGACCAUAAUAUAGAAUGAGAUAAUUAUGCAUAUGUUGCAAUUUUGUGGCAGCACCUUAUUUAUUUUUAAUUUUUCAUAACAUUAAUAUUUUCUAAUAAAAAUAAUUUGUGUUUAUUGUAGCUUGUUGGAGAUACAAAAAAUAUUACAAAUUUGUUGUGUUUAUUGAGUAUAAUUGUUUCCUUUCCUCAAUUUUAAAAGAUUAUGACAAGAACUCUUUAUUUAUUUAAACUAUUAAAGAUAAAAUGAAAUUGAUUUAUAUAGUUUUUAAGUCUCUUUUCCAAAUAAUCCAACUGUAGUCAAUGGAAAACAAAAAGCCCUCACUGUAAUGCUAAUGAUUAGAAUUUCAGCUUUGGUAGAAUGGAAGGCGUACAGGGUCUUAGAGUACUAAAUAGAGUAUUAUGCGGAAAAUGCAUUUUGUCUUUAAUAGGUGAGAAUUUAUUUUGAGAUUUAUCUCGUCCCAAAACAGCUCAUCUACAACACUUCCGUUAGCAUUAAUCAUUAAUCAAUAGUGAUCAGCUGUUUCUCUCUGCAUGGGACAAUUCCUGAGCCACAUGGAAUUGCUUGGAAUGGAAAUAUUACUUCCUCUGCAAAAUGAGGCCAUCCAAACUCUGCUACUCAAAAUAUGGCUUAUGAACUGUGGAUAAGGAGCUUGUGCAGGAAUGUAAGUCAAUCACAUCAUUAAGCAUACUUUUUAAGAUAAGCCGACUGUUUUUUCAUAGUAAGACUUUCUCAAAAAAGGAAGCAGUGUGUGAUUUACAUUCUGGUUCAUACUCUUUGUCUUGUCUAGGACCAGCAUUUUUGAAUAGCGCUGAUUUAGACAUUUGCUUUCUACAUCAUGGUGAAGUUAGCUAUUGAAGAUUGCCUUCCUGCUACAAACACCUUGACAUGCUGGGUAAAAUAUAAUUUAAAUAAACAUAGCUGAGCUUGAAAGAGAGAAAGUGGAAUCUCUGAGUACUAGGAACUUAAAAGUGUUCUGGUAAGCUUAAGAGUUUACGCUUUGGUGGCCCUGAGGAAUAUCUGAAUGAAGACCCCAUGGUAUGACUAUUUAGUUGGAAAAAUCCUUGAGGUUAUACAUACUAUUAGAACUAAAACAAUGAGCAAAGUUGUUGGAUACAAGCUCAAUUUAUAAAAAUCAACAGCACGCAGUUGAAAAAGAUUUGUUUCAACCAUCAUAGCAAAGAUUGAAUCAGGUACAAAGCACCAAUGGAUGCUAAAUCUUGAGGGAAAUUUAAAUGAAGAGCAGGAUAGUUGCAUUGUCUUAAAAUAUCUCUCCACAGAUGGCUAAUCAGUUGCAAAAGAAAAAAAAUAGUACCUACGUACUGUGCAGAAAUUGGACAACACCUUGAGUAUAUAGUAAAAUACAGCAUCAACGAGGGCAAACGGACAUUUGUCUCCACAUAAGAUGCCUCAAAAAGAAACCAAUACCACCUAUAUAGGAUUCCGACUGAAAAUACAUCAGACAAACUCCAGAUGUGGAAAUUCUAUUAAAAAGGGAUGGGGGACUAUGUUCUCCAAUACUGCCAAUGUUACAAAAGGAAAAAAAAAAACAAAAAACAAAAAAC